AAAAGCAGGACCACUCCUUUCACGGCGCACUGUAAGUCUGGUGACGAUCACUCAACUCCGUAGCCGGACAGGGGUGUGUGCUGCCUGGUGUGAAUGCGAGGAUGGCGACGCUUGUGGAGUCCGCAGAUAUUGAGACUUUAAGCAGCUCGAGCAACGUUAUGGCAUCCCCGAUGUCCGCGAGUCUCUCGCACCGUUUUGUUGACAACAAAUUUUACCUGCUUGUGGUUAUUGGGGAAAUGGUCACGGAGGAUCACUUGAAGUGUGCCAUUGCCGAUAUAGAAAAAGGGAUUCGCUCAUGGGACACCAACCUCAUCGACUGUAACCUAGACCAAGAACUCAAGCUCUUUGUCUCCAGACAUUCGGCCCGUUUCUCUGCAGACGUACGAGGGCAGAGAAUUCUUCACCACAAAAGCAGCGUUCUCGAGACAGUAGUUCUUAUCAACCCUUCAGAUGCAGCUGUCAGCACUGAGGUUUGUCAAAUGAUCUCAGACACAGCCAGACACAAGCUGCUGGUGCUUUCAGGACAAUGCUUUGAAGACACAGGAGAGCUGAUUCUGCAGUCCGGCUCAUUCUCUUUCUUCAACUUCAUAGAUAUAUUCACAGACCCCGAGAUUGGUGAAUUGCUCAUAACUAUUCACCCAGCAAACAAAGCAAGCCUAGCCCUCUACUGCCCUGAGCAAGGCGACUGGAAAAAUUCAAACCUGGACAAACACAACCUACAAGAUUUCAUCAACAUGAAGCUCAACUCACCCUUGAUACUCCCAGAGAUGGAAGGUCUCUCAGAGUUCACAGAAUACCUGUCGGAGUCAGUAGAAAUCCCAUCGCCAUUUGACAUGUUGGAGCCACCAACCUCUGGUGGUUUCCUGAAGCUCUCAAAACCAUGCUGCUACAUCUUCCCUGGCGGCCGCGGCGACUCAGCCCUCUUUGCGGUGAACGGGUUCAACAUGCUUAUCAAUGGGGGCUCUGACCGUAAGUCCUGCUUCUGGAAGCUGGUGAGACACCUAGACCGGGUAGACUCCAUCCUCCUGACCCACAUCGGGGAUGACAACCUGCCUGGCAUCAACAGCAUGCUCCAGAGGAAGAUGGCUGAGCUGGAGGAAGAGCAGUCCCAUGGAUCCCAAGCUACCGGCGACUGGGUGAAGAACCUCAUAUCCCCAGACAUUGGAGUUGUGUUCUUGAACAUUCCUGAGAAUAUAGGGAAGCCUGCUGAACCCAACUUCAGGGUGAGGAGAAACAUUGAAGAGGUGGCACAAACUCUCCAUUACCUGAGCAAGCUGAAUCUGAGACCUGAGCCUCUGCAGAGGCCAGUCGGGAACACAAUCGAACCCAUCAUUCUGUUUCAGAAGAUGGGUGUGGGGAAGCUUGAGAUGUAUGUGCUUAGCCCAUCAAAGACCAGCAAGGACCUGCAGCACUUUAUGAAGCAGUGGACAGGUAGUGAGAAAGACAAAGCCUCUGUUCUUCUGCCCAAUGGAAAAGAAUCAGAGCUCCCAAUCUCUUACAUGACCUCAAUAUCUUCAUUGAUCGUGUGGCACCCAUCAAACCCUUCAGAGAAGAUAGUGCGAGUUCUUUUCCCUGGAAAUGCCACUCAGUAUCACAUUCUUGAAGGUUUGGAAAAACUAAAACACUUGGACUUUUUGAAGCAACCAGUUGUCACUCAGAAAGAGCUAUCUUGUAACUUGGCUCCAGCCUUGAAGCAGGCAAAGUUGAAACAUAAAACUGACAGCAAAGAGAGUCUGAAGUCAGUCUCAAGGCCAUCACCAAGCAAAAGUUUCAAGAAAGAGUCAAAGGAGGAAGCUCCAGAGAAGGCAAAGACAGACUCAGAAUCAGCUCGAGAAAAAUUUGAGAAAAAAGAGAAACCUUUGGUGAAAAAGGAGAAAGCGAAGGCACCGGAAAAAGAAGUGAAGGCUAAAGCAGAGCCGACACAUGAAACUCCAGAAAAGAAGAAGCCUGAAAUUAAACCAAAAGCUCUUAAGGAGAAGAUUAUCAAGAAAGAACCCAGGAAGUCUGUAGAAAAGGAAGUAAAGAAAGAAGUAGCGAAGGAAGAUGAGAAGCUAACAUCUAAAAAGGAGGAAACACCCAAAAAGGAACAGAAGCAAGAAACACCCAAAAAGGAACAGAUGGUAAACAAAGAAGAGGUAAAGAAAGACAUUUUAAAGAAAGACAAAAAUUUCAGGAGAGAUUCCCCAAUGAAGGUAAGGAAGGAAGAGAAAAAGGAGCAAAAGAAAGAAGAUCUAAAGAAAGACAUAAAGAAGCCAUCCAAGGAUGUAAAAAAUGCUUCAUCUGCAUUAGGUGAAGGGAAAAAACUUGCACCAAAACCAAAACCCCUGAAAAAAGAUGACACUACAAAGAAAGACUUUGGAAGCCCUUUUAAUUCCAAGGGGAAACCAAAAGUCACCAAGAAGGACACCAAAGCCACAGAUGCUAAAUCUGCUGCUGGAGGAGCUGCAGCUGUCACAGCAGGAGUGGUAGCUGCCACUUGUGCUGCGGAGGUCCUUGAGACAGAAAGAGCCACAAUGUCUUCUCCAGAGGACCUCACCAAGGACUUUGAGGAGCUCAAAGAAGAGGAGAUCGUUCAGGAGGAAGAGCCGGUGGUGGUCCACAGAGAGGCCCUCCUGCACUCUAAGGAGUCUCCUGAAGCAGAAGAGUCUCUGGAUGAGGGGAUCACAACCACUGAGCAUGAAGGAGAAAGCAGGGAGACCCCAGAGGAACAGGAGCAUAAAGGCAAGUUGAGUGGCAGCGGCGGUGAGAAGUUUGAAGAUGAGGGAACUGGGCUAGAUUAUGAAAAGAAGGGAGAGACAGAAGAGGUCCAUGAGCCAAUGAGAAGGGAAAUGGACAAGCAUAUACAUGCUGAGGAUAGUGAAGACAAGGACUCUGAGGAUGAGAGUGCGGAUGCAGACCAAUAUGUAAGAGAUCAUAACAGAAAUGAAAGUGAAGUACAGAAGCUGGGUCUGUCUGUGACACACCCUCACAUAACAUCUGAGCCUCUCUCUCCGGCUGCAUCUAUUCACGAUGAGACCCUUCCAGCUGGCUCCGACGACGACGAAGUAGCCUCAGAUGAUGAGAACCGAGACGAGGCAUACACUGCUACAUCUGGCCACACCCAGUCAACUAUUGAGAUCUCCAGUGUGCCUACUCCAAUGGAUGAAAUGUCCACUCCAAGGGACAUUAUGAGUGAUGAAACCACUAACGAUGAGACAGAGGAUUCUCCCUCUCAGGACAUGGCCAGGUUUGGAGGAACCACGUUAGGAGACUUUGAGAGGAAGAGGCUGUCUCCGCUACAGGAUGGCCCAGAGUCAGACCAUUCAAAGAGUAAUGCCACUGAAGGCAGGGACUACCACGCUUCUGCGUCCACAAUAUCUCCACCAUCGUCACUGGAAGAGGACAAAGAGGAAGGAUUCAAGUCAGACAAAUUUGGUCUUGAUUCGGCAAGACUCAGCUCUGCACUCUCCACUACUUCUCCUCUCAUACGCUCCCCUUCAGCUCCCAAAGGAACCUUUGACUCAUACCCCUCUGGAUUCGCUGUACCAAUUGAGCUGUGCACAACACUUUCAGGAUCAUCAAAGGCAGCAGCAGGGUCUUCCACCAGCCCCGAUGACAAGACAUUGGAAGGAACCACCUCACCUCAUUCCUCUGGUCACACACCUUACUUUCAGUCUCCUGUGGAUGAGAAGUAUGGCUCUAUACCACCUGCAAAUGACCAUGGUCCUGUAAUCGUAGAAGUUACGGGUGACAAAGAGGAUUCCAUCAGGGUCAGCCCCAUGGAUGACCCAAUUCCAGACCACACCUCACCUGUAGAGAAGGUGCUCUCCCCAAUGAAGAGCCCACCACUAGUAAGAGGAAAGACACACUUUGAUUUAGAUCAAAUGUUAACAAUACACUUGAGUCAAGAUGAGAAGAAAAAUGGAGCUAGAGACAGUAACUCAGUCUCAUCCACAAACCCCUUCGCAGGUUUCAAAGAGGAGAGUAAAAUGUCGAUCUCAGAGGGAACCACGUCUGAUAAAUCGGGCAGCCCUGUUGAUGAGGCUGUAGCAGAGGACACUUUUUCACACGUCGCCUCGGCUUCCACCACCUCACUGGCCACCAGCUCAUUCCCAGAGCCUACGACAGAUGACGUUUCCCCUGCUCUCCACGCUGAAGCCGGCUCCCCUCAAUCAACAGAGGUGGAGGACUCCUUGUCUGUCUCUGUGGUUCAGACUCCAACCCCCUUCCAGGAGGCAGAGAUCUCUCCCAAGGGGGACAGCCCCAGGCCCAUGUCAAUCUCUCCAGACAUCUCACCAAAGACGGCCAAAUCAAAGACACCAGUACAGGAGCCCAAAUCCCCGGAACAUUCAACCAUGUCACUUGGUCAGGAGUCCCCUGACCACUCAUUAGCCCUGGACUUCAACAAACAGUCUCCAGAGCACACCUGUGCAGGCAGCUUGCGCGCCAUGGAGAAUGGGCCGACAGAGGUGGACUACAGCCCGUCAGAGGACAAUGAUUUGAGACCCGCUGAGCAGUGCCCACCCACUAUGGACAAGCCUAUGCUCUUCAAAGAGAAUGACUCAAGUCACGCCACCUCUGUGUCCCCUUCGGAUGCAUCCCAAUCCACCCCCUCGACCACUACACCUUGUCAGAUGAGGGAAAUGUCACCUGUCUUAGCCCAGCAGAUGGACAAAUCCCCUGCCACCCCCUCUUCAUCCUCCUAUGCUUGCUUCACACAGAAAACAGACAUGUCUCUGGGAGCAGAAACUAAUCCCUUCAAAUGUGAAGAUUCCAAAUCCCCUGUCAGUCCCAAGGUUCCCUCCCCAUCCUACCUUCCACUCUCCUCAAACCUCUCUGACUAUCAGAAGUUUGCAGGUGGCUCCAAGGAUCCAGACUCCUCCAAGAAGAGCCCUUCUUCUGGUUCCAGAACAGAUGUUGACCUAUGCUUGGUGACUUCCUGUGAAUACCGACACCCUAAGACAGAGCUGUCCCCCUCCUUCAUAAACCCCAGUCCCCUGGAGUACUUCAUGAAUGAGGAGAACCCUCUGGAGGAAGAGAAGCCCCUGGCUAAGUCAGAUGGAGGUCCUCCACCCCCCAGCAGUAAACUACACGCUAAGCAAUGUGAAGAGACUCCACCAACCUCCAUCAGUGAAUCUGCCCCGUCCCAGACAGAUUCGGAUGUUCCCCCUGGGACUGAGGAGUGCCCUUCAAUUACCGCAGAUGCAAACAUAGACUCUGAGGAUGAUUCUGAGACACUUCCCACUGACAGAACCCUAACGUACAGACACGCAGAUCCUCCUCCCGUGGCCCCCAGGGACUCUGCUCCGUCUCCAGCCCACCCAGAUGUCACCAUGGUGGAUCCGGAGGCUGACAAGCCACCCCCUGACGACAACAACCAGACCAAGGACAAGGACUCAAAGGCAGAGGGAGCUGAGAAAGCUAAGAAGAAGAAGCUCACCAAGACUAAGUCCUCCUCUCCGGCCAGAAAGACUGGGCUCUCAAAAGUAAAAGAUUCAAAAGUAAUAGCCUCUCCCAAAAAGAGUGCAGGAGAAGGGAAAGAUGCCAAAAAUGCCACCAAUACCUCUGCGUCAAGGGGUGUGAAAAGUGCCACAUCAGGUUCAGGUAGUGGAAAGGCGGCAGCGGCAAUGCCCGUACCCAACUGCCCUCCCACAUACAUGGACCUGGUUUACAUCCCAAACCACUGCAGCGCCAAGAAUGUGGAUGCAGAGUUCUUCAAAUGGGUCAGGUCCUCCUACUAUGUAGUCAGUGGCAAUGACCAGACGGCCCGGGAGCCCAGCAAAGCAGUCCUGGACUCACUGCUGGAGGGCAAAGCCACGUGGGGAAACAACAUGCAGGUGACCCUGAUCCCGACCCAUGACUCAGAGGUGAUGAGGGAGUGGUACCAGGAGACUCAUGAGAAGCAGCAGGACCUGAACAUAAUGGUGCUGGCCUCCAGCUCCACCGUGGUCAUGCAGGAUGAGUCCUUCCCCGCCUGCAAGAUAGAGCUGUGAACCUGAUCCCGAGCCUCGUUCCGUUCCAUAUUAUGCGUCUCUUCUUCCCUUCAUUUCUCCCUUCACUGGAGUGUGCACUCCAUUGACAUUCCAAGAGGCACUUUCAGAGUGAGGGGACUGAUGGAGGGAAGGGGUCGUAGUAAUUUGGAUUGGAACAACCCUCUGGACUCUCCUGAUCAAAGGAUCUGGUAACCGAGAGAUCUAGUGAUCAAGUGGAUCAUGUUGUUAGUGGUAUCUUUGAGUUGGGGUGAGGGAUGACAUAGACAUAGAGUAUAAACCAUGUAAACACGUCAUUUAAACAAAGGCUCUUUGACAACAUUAAUGAACAAUGCAUAGCUGACAUUACAAUUAUGUUUGAGUUUGAAAUGACAAUCGCAAAUGUAAUUGUCCACAAUACUCAAACAAACUAUCUCACACAAGUUAACAUCAGCUUUGUGGAACACUUUCAAUAAGGAAUGAUGUUAUAAUAAUAUCCGGUAUGCAUGAAAUAUAAGACCUAAACCAGUGUGGAGAACAUGAAGAGAAGGUCCCAUCAUAUAUAUUGGUGCACUUGACGUAGAUUUAUUUAUUCAAAAAACUCUCUUUCCCAUGAGCACCAAUUAUAUAUGUAUCAAGUAACAUAUAGAUAGAAGAAUCCAUGAGAAUACACUUGUUCAUACUGGGGGAAAAUAGAUCUGACAAUAAUAAAAAAUAGAUAUGAUGAAAUUAAUUUAUCCUCAAGGUUGGGACUACCAAUUUAAAAGUCAAAAUUCUUCUGGUACAUGCUGACAACUUAGAUAUUGGGUGUGAUAGUUUAAUAGGUCAUCAAGCAGUCUCAAUCCACUGAUUACAUCUCUGUCCAUAAAAAGAACUAAUAUAUAAGAUUGAUUUAACCCAGCUGCGUACACCAAAGGAUCGAGGAGAACUCAUUUAAGUUAUUGCCUUAGGAAGUGAAUUGAAUGUAAAAGAUUGAUGCACUGAGGACAAAUAGAAGGCAGCGUAAACUUAAAAUACAAUAAAACGAGUUUGUCCCCAACUAUCAGAGAUCUGUCUCUAUCUGUAUAGAGCUAGUUUCGUUUGACACUGCAGUGACGGAGUAUGAAGAAAUACAUAGACCAAGUUCAAGUUCAACUGCACUGAGGGGCCUGUGGAUCAUGUUAACUGUCUUAUUCCAUUGUAUCCAUUCUGUUUGCCCAUUAGUUAAUAAUGGGCGCCAUGAUUUUAAACAUUUUAUCUCAGUGUUUUUAAAAGUUGUUAUUUAUUGAUUUUAAACGUAUACAAUUCAGUAUAAAAAUAAUGACCUUCUCGCGGGAGAAUUGUUUAAUGCAAGGUCAAACGUGCAUUACAAAUAAGUAGAACUUGUUGGCCAAAUGUCAAAUAUGUUUGUUGACCAAUUGAAUUUGAAAAACACUGUUUCAAAAUGAUAUCUGUAACGUUCAGAAAGAUUCAGAAAUGGUCUGCUAACGUUUGUGUUGCACUGAUUUCAAUAGAACUCUAUGUACUGUACUCUCCUGCUCAGUCCGUCCUGCAGCCUUUUGUGUCAACCACAAAUGGAGCCCUAGCGACUGCUUGAAUGUGCCACAAUAUGUUCCGGCUUGUGAAGCUUUCCUAAGCUUAGAAUUUUUUUUUUUUUUUUUUUUUAACACUGUACUAUAAUUAUAUAUAGCUUUGUGGCAGGGUGACUGGCCAAAAGAAAUGUGCAUGAGUAAUGUAAAAUAUACCAAGUAUUUUUUGUCUUUUUAAGGAUGGGGAAAAUCUGCCCUUAACUGCCAAAAGAACAAUGCAAGGCUGUGCUGAUUAAUAUAAGACAUAAACCACUGGGGACAGACGUCGGUUCAACGUCUUUUGAUUUACAUUUGGAUUAGUCGUCAAACUAUUGUGAAUUCAACAUGAAAUCAAAAAAAAAGUGUUGACAUGAUUAGAUUUAGAUUCAAAGUUGGGUGUAAAAAAUAGUCAAUUCACUUAUGUUGACUACUUUUUGCAAAUCCAAUCAGGUUUUCACAUUGAUUCAACGUCAUCACGUUGAAUUACAUUUUUGAAAUGUUGUGGAAACAAUGUUGAUUCAACCAGUUUUUGCCCAGUGGGAGGUACAUUAAUAGUUGGUUGUCUUUGAGGUGUUGCCUGCUACGCCAUUAUGGCAUGGAGUGAAAAGUGAAACGAGCGGCCCCAUCCUCUGACUAUUUUGGCCGUUUUAAGGUCUUUAAAUCUGCUCCAUCAUAGUCCAUGGCCCUGUAGCUACUCAAAGAGGACGUAUAGAACAUCGGGCAACCACAGGUCUGUAGAAAAAAGUGGUCAGAUGCCUUGUGAUGGAAUAUGGCAGUACCUCUGCCAAAAUCGCUUUGAGUCAGGUAAAGCGCUGUAUAGAUGCUCCUUGAGAAGAGUAGAACACGGGGGAGAGUGACUGUUUUGGGUGUGAGUUCCAGGUGUGAAAGACAAAAAAACUUUAAAAGCCAGGACAAAUAAUAAGAAAUGUAGCGCGAAGCCAUGAACAGAACAAUAGAAAACUCCAAGCGCACACGUCAACCACAAAUGACAGUGCCUAUUUGGAUGCCAUGAACAUACAACCAUCCUUUACUCAGAACAAACGGUCACUGUUAGGUGAAAACUCACAACGUAGACAAAUUAGUACAGUCAACCAACCAGAGGCAGGGACUUAGUCACUGUCUCCAUGGAAACACAAUUAUCCAGUUGUCCUGUACAGCUCUGCAACAGGAACCUUUAACCAGAAACAUAACCAUUCUGCCGUUCAACUACAAACUAUAGUGACCGACCGACCACGCACACCACUCUUUCUUGACCUUUCCUCACACUACUGCUUUAUUGUAUUCCUUGCUUUCUAUAAUCCCUGUAAUCUCUCUAUCUUUCUCUCUUGUGGAUGAUUGUUAAUACUGUCUGCAGCCUUGUGAUAUAAAAUUGUCUCGUGAUCUCUGCAUCUUCCCUCUCGUUUUCCAAACUCACACACCUAAUGUAGCGGUUAGUUUCAAGUGAAAGUAUUACUUAGUGCUUUUCUGAUAUUUGCGUGCAGUAUCUCCUCUCCCCUCCUAUAGGACAUUUGAUGUAAAGGGCACAACUAUUAAAAAGGAAACCUACAAAAAGAACCGCAAUAAACUCAUGUUGUGGAGAAUCAUGAA